CCCGCGAGCGGCCAACACGUAUACGGCGCUGUGUGCAGCGGAAAGGCAGCAGCAACAACAACGAACCGAUAAUAGGCAGCGCAGCGCAACUGAAGUGUGAAUUCGAAUUGAGGUUAUGUAAGGCGAAAUAGCCAGACGCGAAAACAAAACGCAUAAGCAGCUGGCUGCAUCGGUCAGGUCACAGGCUCGCCCAGCCCCGAAGGAACUAGUACGCAAGCAGGAGCUGCCCCAUGGAGGAGGCCAAGACGCAGGCGCAGGCGCAAAGCCAUCCGAUGGAGGAUGUGGCCCUCAAUGAAAGCGACGAGGACAAGCAGACGGCCAGGCCCAGGAAUUGGGUUAAGUUUGACGACGAGGCGGACGGCGGCGAGAAAAACAAUAACAGCGAUGCCACACAGCAACCGCAGCAGCAGCAGCAACAACAAAACAAGUUGUCUCUGCCCCCGCCGCCGUCGGUGGUGAGCAGCAACAACAACAGGAGGGCGCGCUCGCGCAGUCCCAACGAUCCGUCGCCAACAACAACCACACCUGUCCAGCGCCCGGCCGUCUCUUCGACCACAGCUGCGACACCGGGCGAAGUCCAGGCAUCAUCCCCGGAUGUGGCGCCCGCUGUCCUGACAACUGAGAGCACGCACGUCAAUCUCAGUGCAUCCGGCAGUGGCGUUGUCAGCGGUGCCAGUGCUCCUCCAAGUGCGAGUUUGAAUGCCUCUGGCCCGGCGUCGGCCCGGCACAACCCGCAACUAAUAAACCAAAAAGCGUCAGCAGCCCCCUCCUCAGCACAUACUGCAGCGGCGUCUUCAAGCCACCAUCACAAUGGCAGUGGGGCCAACGGUACAGGAGUUACCCAGCCAGUGGACCAGGGAUCUGGGAUGCGCACGAUAGAGCUGUCGACGGGUCGUAUCCGCGAGGGAUUCGCUAACGGCGAUGUGAUUGUCACCCUUCUACCGGCCAACACGAAAUGGCCGUGGAUAACGCCUGCCAUUUUCCGUCCGGAGCUGGUGCCCGAGGAGCUUAUGGCCCAGGGCUUAACGCUAACCGUGGAGGAUUACGUGAACGCGAUGGAGACGCUGGUGAACGACUACCGCUUCACGGUGUACAACAUCUGCUACAAGCGCAUCCUGGUCUGCUGGAUACUGUUCGCCUUUGCCGUCCUGCUGGCGCUGCUCUUCUCCGGCCUGCAGGGCGUGGCUCUGUUCGCCCUUGGCGUGGGCUGGCUCUUCCUGAACGCGGCGGCCAUCUUCCUGUGCAUGUGGGUCAAGUUGCGCCUGUCGCGCGGCCUGGAGAAGUGCCUGGCACGCGUGAAUCGGCAGCUGGUGCGGCACAAGAUUCUGCUGGUGCUGGACGACCGGGGUCGCAUCUCGUGCCACAAGGUCAACCUCUGCUUCAUGUACUUCGACGCUACGCAGUGCGUGAGCUUCCUCAACGAGUUCCUGGAGCACACCGAGCAGACGGGCGGCGAGGCCAUCAAGGCGGGCUGGGAGGCGAAGCUCGACAUUGACCUUAACGACAUCGUGAUCCAGGGCAGCCAGCCGGUGCGAGUGCCCCGCAAGCAGGAGCGCGGCCUGCAGCUGUUCCUGCGCUACGGAUCCCGGUGGGGCAUGGAGGCCCUGAGGGGAUUGGUGGACGUGACGCCCCUGGAGCCGGGACGCCACUGCGGACAGUUCCAGUGCCCCUGCCAGUACAUCAAAGAGCACCUGCAGUGCAAACCGCGAGGCAAGUUCAAGUGUUGCAAUUUUGUGCAUUGGGUGAUGGCAUCUGAGCGCUACGACAGCGACAGCUAGAGCUUGUUGAAUGUUUUGUGUGCUAUAACUAAGUGAAUUUACCGCGAGCUAAUCUAGAGGCUUUACUCCUAAUUCUAUAUGAAUUUAGCCCAGUUCCUUGGCCCCAAACCGACCGUUUGUAAAUGCAGUCGAGAAAAUACCAAUAAGCUACCAGAAAAACUAAUCUGCCAAGCGUGUGCAUUUUCCUAUAUCUUUGCAAUUGAUCAACUCUCUUUCGUUUCAGAUGUCAGCCCCUAGGGCUGUGGCAAGGUCUGGUAGUUUUUGGUAUCUCUCCCUUCUGCCUCUCUGAAUCUCAUCUAAUUUUCUUACUUCUGUGUCUAAGUUAACCCAGCAAUAUGAUUCCAAAUUUCUGAUCAACCGUGUUUCUUUAUGCUCUCAAAAUUUACAUUAAACAGUUGCCAUAAACAGCAUUGGCCAAGUAGUUUGGACCCGAUUCCCCUUGUUUGGUGGCUAGACAGUAAACUGGGUGUUGGCCCUAUAAAACCCUAACCCCCACACGAUUACAGUCGAAGAAAAUAUUACACACUAAGCCGUUUCGAUAUUAUUUUUCCAAUACCGCAAAUUAUGUUCUUACCAAACGCAAGCGAGUGAAUUUCUUAUUAACAUAAGUCUUGUAAAUGAUUGUCCACAUACGUAUUACCUUGUUGGUGUCACAAAUAAAUGUCUAUAUGUGUGUUAAUAA